CGCCGUUGUCCGCAUCCGCCCCGUCGUCGUCGCCCGCGUUGCGUGAGCCAUGGCAAACGACAUGGACACCUCGCCCGCCACCGCCGCCCACAAUGACGAUAAGCCACCGGCUAAUCCGGAUCCCGUCGCCGCCGAUAAUUCCCACAAAAAACCCUUGUCUCCUGCACGACAUCCUCCGACUGGAACACUCGCUCCCCUAGAAUAUUUACAGAACCAGCGUCGGGGCUCCAUAACAGACCCGUCGUUGCAUGCUGCCAGUCCUCAUUUGCAGCCUACCGUUCCUUCAAACAGCCAGGAUCCGAAUUCUGGCUCCCCUUCUCCUGUAACUAAGUCCCGGAACAACUCUAAGGAACGGCGUCCUGCCUCUCCUUACACUUUUGGCGACGCAACCGCCAGUCGACGUCCUGAGGGAUCGCAACCCGUAAAUGAAACCUCUUGGCGGCAACCCAUGUCUGCACAGUCCGAUACUCCUGCACCUGAAGGCUCAAGCAAACCGCAAGGCGCAACCGAUAUGGAUGUCGAUCAGGGGGGAAGACAAUUGUCUCCGACGGGGAAUGGAACUGCUAACGCGGGGACGAAGCGCAAAAUGUCCUCCGAUAGAGAAGCUGCUGCAUCUGAGGGUGCCGAGAUUGAUCCUCAACUGGUCGGUCCUGGUAUGAACGUGGAUGCGGAAGGACCGGCUGCGAAGCGUAGAGGAUCUGCAUUUGAUACGCAGAGAAUAGCCCAGUUGAGCCUGAAUGACCGCCGCUAUUCUGUAGAUUCGCGGCUGCCCAGCGUGCCAGGAGAGCAGCCGCAGUGGUGGGCUAACGAAAGACGGGACUCUGCGCCAGGCGUGUUUGCGAAUAAUGUGGGAUAUGCGCCUGCUUCGGGGUUCGCCGCAGAUCCGCAUGGCCGUCCACCAGGAGGCAUGGCUACUUUCGCGUGGCCAGCCACGACGCAUCCUCCGGAACAGGCAGGACCAGCCACAGGACCUAACCCGAAUGGUUCCAAUCCAAAUAACAUGCCCGGGCCACCAAGACCUUUCGACCCAUCCGCCCCGCCCCCGCCUCCACCCCCUCCCCCACUCUCGAUGAAUUAUACUGUCACGUUCGCUUCGGACCGUAGGAUGUCCGUCCCAGACAUGACGUCCCCAGGUCCGACCACGCAAAGGGUGUUGCGGUCGAGAUCACGACCACCCUCGCGUGCUCCGGCACCGGACCCAAGCGCGGGAAGCCAGGGGCAGUCGCCGACAUCUGCGACCGAGCAACAGUCCGACUCUGGCGGUCCCGGCACCCCGACCUCUGGGUCCAAGAAGGACAGUACGCCAUACUCUCGGUCACCUGAGCUCCGCGUGUCACACAAGUUGGCCGAACGGAAACGGCGGAAGGAAAUGAAGGACCUCUUCGAUGAACUGCGAGACCAACUUCCCGCCGACCGCGGCAUGAAAGCCAGCAAAUGGGAGAUCCUCAGUAAAGCUAUUGACUUCAUAGUUCAGCUGAAGCAUGGCCAUCAGGAGAUGGCCCGUGAGAUUGAGAUGCUGCGACAUGAAGUAGAUAACAUGCGUGCAGGCAUGCCGCCUUUCGCUCCCGGAGGUCCCCCGCCAAUGGGAUACGCCCAAGGCCCUCCUCCCAUGGCCCACAACCAUUACGCCGCACCUCCUGUAUCUCAUCCGCCACAUCCCACGCACCCCCCACAACAGCCCUCACAGCCGGUGUCGCGACCUGGCUCUUCACAGAAUGCAUAUCCACCCGGUGCUGCCUCUGCAGGUCCGCCCCAGCAAAAUGGCCACGUCAACGGGCCAACGGCGAAGGCAGCAGAGACAACUGCAUGAGAUGUACUGGGUUCUACACUGUUGUAUCGAUAAGGUUGCUUCACUACCUUCCUUAUGUCUUUUCUGUUUUGGCUGCGAGGGCUUGGGCUGAAGUCUACUAUUAUUUGGUUAUGAGACCGCUCUCAAGUGGCUCCGUCCACGACAGAUUACAUUACUGAGGCCGGAGAUGCCAUUUGAUUCGCUUGUAUCAAAAGAUCAUUUUACCAACACCUUUCACGUUCUUGCCACAAAUUAUCGAGAUCUGCUAUACCCGAUGCCUCAUCGCAUGGCGUCACGCUGUAUGUCCCGU